CUCCAGAUUUCCCCCACACAGGUUCUAGCUGUUCUGUGCCCGGGUGUUGACGCGCUGCUGUGCUUCUGGUUCUGUGAAUUGGAUAUUUUUUAAAAAUACCUCAGGGAUGAAUACUUUGUGUUAGCGUGUAUUUUUUUCCGUAGAUCUUUUGGAUUGAGUCCUUGUUUUUAACACCAAGGACGUACUUAUCUCCGACGGAUCGUCGUCAUAGCUCAAAAGAAGGUCAGCAUCAAGACGGGUGUUGAUGUAGCGUCUGUAGCUGUACAAUCGUGAGGCUAUUAAGGGGCGCGGCCACGGUAGUGUAGAAGCCUUAUCAACCCGGAAAGUAGCUACAACAACCAGCACUCUUGGUGGUCCAUCAUGGCUUUUUCGCUCUGGGCGGCCGGAUGUGCUGGUGGCGUGGUGGCGGCGGGGCGCGACCCUGUGGCGGCGGCUGCAUGAGGGGCGGCGGCCAGCGGGUGUUCGACAGUUCGUGUGACGGGGGGCGCCGUUCCCCCGCCAUCCCCUACACUCCCCAAACACAACAGCCAUAUCCCUGCGACGUGGUCCCGCGUACACUCCCGGUGACCGCCACCGCUACUGCAGCGGCCGCGGCCGCCGCUGCCGCAGCUGCCUACGCCUCGCCCGUAUCUCCCCCCGCCUUCCCUACUGGCAUCCUUCCCCCGCCCAUCGGCACGCCCUUAGGCACGCCGCCGUCACCCUGCUACGGCGGCUGCAGCUGCGGCGCGUCCACAGCUUCCUCCCCGGGCGCGUGCCGCGUGCACGAGCGCGUGUUCACGUGCCCGCCGCCCCCGCCACCCGUCACGUGCGGUGCCACGGACCGUGAGAGUGUGGGGCCACUCACAGGGGGUGAUGGGGAGCUAGCCGUACCCAUUAACGAUGACCAGGAGGUAUGGCACCCUAGGGACGAUACAUCGGAAGAGAUUAAAGAAGAAAGUGUAAAGGAGUUGUUACUGAGCUUGCAGAAGCAAGUGUCGAUCAUGAGCCUGAACCUGAACGCCAAGAUCGAUGAGAUCCAGUGUCACCAGCACGCCGACACCAGUGCCGCCCUCCUCGCCAUCAGGUCGCAGCUGCAGGACCUGACGAAGAGCGUGGAGAGCUGCCAGAGCGAGGUGGUCGAGGUGAAGCGGGACAUGGUGGCCAUCAAGCACGAGAUCGACACCCUCCAAGCCGCCAAGGAGGAGAUCGAGGAGCUGCGCGACGCCGUGGACCGCCUCGAGGAACAGACCCGACGCAGGAAGAUCCGCCUCCUGGAGCAGGGUUUAACGUGCUUCUUGUGUUACGCCAUCUUCGCUGCUGUGCUUGGAAUGUUCCAGUUUGGCUACAACACUGGAGUUAUCAAUGCUCCACAAUCUGUUAUUGAGAACUUCAUUGGUGACUGCUGGAAGGAACGAUACAACAGGAACAUUGAAGGCAGCAAGCAGGAUUUGAUAUGGUCAAUUGCUGUAUCUAUCUUCGCUAUUGGUGGAAUGAUUGGUGGUUUCUGCGGUGGCAUAGUAGGAAACAGGUUUGGCAGAAAGAAGGGCUUACUCCUAAACAACCUUUUGGGAGUGGGAGGAGCAUGUCUCAUGGGCUUCUCUCAAAUGUUAUACUCUUUUGAGAUGCUCAUCCUAGGUAGAUUGGUCAUUGGCAUUAACUGCGGAUUGAACACCUCGCUAGUUCCCAUGUACAUCAGUGAGAUUGCCCCUCUCAACCUACGUGGUGGGCUAGGAACCGUCAACCAAUUGGCUGUCACAGUAGGCCUGCUCCUCUCACAGGUUCUUGGCAUUGAGCAACUUCUUGGGAAUAGCAAUGCUUGGCCUCUUCUCCUAGGUCUUGCCAUUGUCCCAGCUGUGAUGCAGAUGGUGCUGCUGCCAGUGUGUCCAGAAUCUCCACGCUACUUGCUCAUGUCACGCCAGUUAGAGGAUGAAGCACGAAGAGCCCUAAGGAGACUGCGUGCAUCAAGUCAUGUUGAGGAAGAUAUUGAAGAGAUGCGAGCAGAGGAAGCAGCAAGCCAGACUGAAGCUCACAUGAGUAUGUUGCAGCUGGUGCGUUCAUCAGCACUGCGCAUGCCACUCACAAUUGGCAUUGUUAUGCAGCUCUCCCAGCAGUUGUCAGGCAUUAAUGCGGUGCUGUAUUACUCAACAUCCCUGUUUACGGCUGCGGGUCUGGAAGAAUGGCAGUCCAAGUAUGCUACUCUUGGCGUUGGGUCGGUGAUGGUAAUCAUGACCCUGGUAUCCAUUCCUCUCAUGGAUCGAGCUGGCCGACGUACGCUUCACCUGUAUGGCCUCGGUGGAAUGUUUGUCUUCUCCCUCUUUAUCACUAUUAGUCUCCUUAUUAAGGAAAUGAUGUCAUGGAUGACCUUUAUCUCUGUGAUAAGCACCCUCUGCUUCGUCAUCUUCUUCUCUGUGGGUCCUGGCAGUAUUCCGUGGAUGAUCACAGCUGAACUCUUCUCCCAGGGCCCGCGUCCAGCUGCCAUGUCCAUUGCUGUUCUAGUUAAUUGGCUGUCAAAUUUCCUUGUUGGAAUUGGUUUUCCAAAAAUGCAGGAGGCAUUUGAAAACUACACCUUUUUGCCAUUUAGUGUCCUACUCGCAUGCUUCUGGGUGUUUACAUACUACAAGGUGCCCGAGACCAAGAAUAAGACCUUUGAAGAAAUCUCUGCAAUCUUCCAAAGAGGGGUUGACAGAGAGGAGAAGCGGAACACGGAAGUAGGGCCAGAAGCCAAAGAGGAGGCCAAACUAUAAACAUGCUGACCUUCAUUAUCUUGUAGAUGACUAUGCACAAGCAUCUGUUAGGUUUUAAGUGAAGUUAUAUUAGUUAUUAAUUUUUACAGUUUCAAAAAGAAAAUGUGUAUGUAUUUUUUUAUUAUGUUAGAAUGUAUACAAAUUUGUCAUGGUGAUUUUUUUCAGAUGAAAGAUUUACAUUAGUUUUUAUUAACAAUGUAUGUUUAUGUUUGUAACAGUGUUCUUUAAUAGUGAUUAUAAGUACCAUG